GGAAACUCGAGAUCACUGUGUUUCCACUUUUGACAAGACAACCAGCGAUAAGAAGUGUAGCUAAUGUUUUUGAUUCCGUAGUUUCUCUACUAAUGUCUAUGUUAAAGUGCCAUUGAUAGCUAUUAUCCACUCAGACCCUGAGAGGCAGUCUGAGGCCACCAUGUCUUCGUUCUCCCAGAAGGGGUCCCCUCGCUGCCAGGCUGGCCCAGGGAGAGAGGAGGUGACUGGGGCCCGACAGCAGAUGACCCUCCCAUUCGCCAUGUCCCUGGGCCAUGUAGACCCAGAGGCAUUGAGAGCCAGGUUGAUCUCAGUAGCCCCGAGUCAGGCACAACGCAACCCGGACGCCCUGGUCUUCACACACACCACCAAGGCCCAGGAACGCAGGAGGGCAGGGCAGAGACCCGUACCGCUGGAGAUACUGCCAGUCCUGAAGAAGUACCAGGACCACAAGCAGCCAGAGUUCAUCCACAGGCAGAACCGGGAGAGGCUGAUCCAGUCGGGCUGGAAGCCGCCGUCGCCCUCCCUUGCUGGGGUAGAGUGGAUGGACAUGGCCCCUGACAGACAGAGCUCCACCCUCCACCUCCCUGAGCUGCCUGACCACGUCAAGGAGAAACAGGCUCAGAUGACCCAGAGUACCCUGUGUUCCCCCUCUCCCCCCAAACGCCCUCGUUCCUCCAAGUCCACAAAGCCCUCCCCCACCGGACCCUUCCUCCACUCCCCCUUCCCUCUCCCAGCCAGUCACCCCCUCAUCUUCAGCUCGGCAGAGGAUGUGAUCCGUGCCAAAAUACGCUCCCCGCCGGACAUCGUCAGAAUCAUCCGGAACAACCCUCACCUGGGCUUCCUGUACAUGACCUCUACCGCACCCAAGACCUCCAUCAAAUAUGAUGCUUAUAACCUCAAGAUAGUGACGUAUGAGAACAUCAACAAGCAGGACUACUCUACCAUCAGCCAGCAGGGUGUGACCUGCAUCUCUGAUACAGAGAUGGACUUCCUGCCGUUAGAGCGCUGGGAGCAUGAGUACCGAUGCCACCGCCGCCUCCUGGCCAUCCCGGCCUUCGCCCUCUUCAGGAGGUGGAAGGCCUUCAGAGUGUGGCGGACCAACGUCCGCUCCAAGAAGAUCAACACGUGCAAGAAGUCCCUGCAGGAGCGCCUGUUCAUCGUCAAUGAGUCUCUGCGCCCGGCGUUGCUAGACAUCAGAGAGAUGUGCUACAGGAUCAGUGACAUGGGGCUUUGUCGCAUCCAGAAAGAUCACACAUACACUCUGGAGGAGUUCCAGGAGGCUCAGUACAAACAGCUGGAGGAGGUAUCUUCUCGUCUGGAAGAGUUCAGGGAGCUGGUAAAGGAGGUGGCCAGGAGCGCCUGUCACACGGCCAUGUUGGAGGCAGGAUACACACCUGACUAUAACUACAACACAGAGGGGACAGACAGUAAGCAGUCACCAGAGAUUGAGCUGCUGUUUGAAGAGGCUCCAGAGAAGAUGAGUUACACAGAACAGGCCAACAAGAGGUACCACUGUAGACGCCUCACCUGUUUCAUCCGGUUGGCUGACUACCUGAUGGUGAACACCAUGCACAUCCUGGCUGUGAGCUCUGUGGCCAAACUACUGGCCGUCCUGCAGGAUCAGAGUCAGCACACCCCAACACACGCUGUCAUCCACAGCUGGGCCGACACCGAUGCUGCCAACGCUGCUGCUGCAGCUGGAGACGGAGGUGGCGCCACGGAGGACUCCGACAAGAAGGCUACGGAGCCCACGGUGGAGGCUGUUCAUCUACCCAUGUUUGUGUCGGAGCUGAUGCUGGAGACCCACGCUCUGACCUACGAACCCUCCGUAGACGUCUUCCAGGAGUGUGUGUCAGAGAUCAUCUCUAGGUUCCAGGAGACAGUGUUGUCAUUAGUUGUGCUGGUGACUGACUCCUACUUUGAUGCCUUCACUCAGCCCAUGAUCAACAGCAAGGUGGAGGAGAAGACGUGUGGUGACGGCCCUGGUCUGGAGGCCAUGUUAGAGGAUGAUAAACACCUGCUGAACAUCAUCCUGGACAUCAAGCAAUCGCUCCAGUUUGCGUUUGACUCGGCCAGCGUGUACGCGCGCACCUUUGAGAGCUUCCGCGUCUUCUACAGAGAGAAUGAGAGUCUGGACCUGGACGCGCUCAGAGAUCAAGAUCACGGAGUGGCGUUCUUCACUGAGAGUCUGGAGAAGUACCACGGCCAACAUAAAGAGACCCUGGCCAUCAAACAGAAGAGACACCUGGGCCUGCUGCUGGUAGACACCACUCUGCUCAAAGGGAAGCUCAUCCCCUCACCACUACGCUGUCUGAAGGCCAUCAAUGACAUGCUCCCCCUGCUGGCCAAGAGAAAGAUCGACGCCAUCAUCGCUGAGGCUCAGGAUGCCCAGUUCAAACUGGAGUUCAUCCCCUCUGCAACUACAGAGUUUGUCAACUCCCUCACCUUCCUAGAGGAGAUACAGGAGCGGAUGGAGUGGUUGGACGAGCAGACAGAGACCGUGUCCCAGAUGUACAAGCUGAUAGACUCCUACUCCGUGCCCAGCCCUCCUGAGGACUUUGCAGUCUACGCCACCCUGAAACCCUCAGUCACCGCCGUACGCAACGCCAUCGACAAGGCCGUGGGAGAGAAGGACGCCAACGUGGACAAGUUCUGUAUCCACCUCCAACGGGACAUCACCGACCUCAACAAGGAGGUCAAGAGGGUCAAACAGCAGGCUCAGAACAAUCAGAUCAUGGACAUCAACGCUGAGCGUCCCAAGGUCCGUCUGCUGCUGGAGGAGGUCCAGGUCUCCAUAGACGAGCUGCAGACCCAGGCCUUCCAGUACAAGUCUUUCCAGAAGAAUUUCAAGGUGGAGGUGACUAAGUACGAGGCGUUAGAGGAGCUGAGUGCGGAGGUGAAACUGAAACAGCUGCUGUGGGACUCUCUGGAGGAGUGGGAUGCCCUGCAGGCCGGCUGGAUGGAGUGUAAGUUUGAGGAGUUGGACCCAGAGACUCUGAGUGCCCAGGUCAAUAAGUAUGCCAAGUGUGUGAACCAGCUGGAGAAAGGCCUGCCACCCAACAGUGUGGUUCCACGACUCAAAGAGCACGUUGAGGCCAUGAGGGAGAAGCUCCCAGUGAUCACAGACCUGCGUAACCCGUGUCUGAAGGGCAGACACUGGGAGAUUCUGGAGGCCAUCAUAGAGACCAGUCUCCUGGAGGAACCUCAAACUCUGGCCUCUCUAGAGGAACUCAACAUCUUCAGCUACAGCGAAGCGAUACAGGAGGUGUCAGGACAGGCUUCAGGAGAGGCAUCCCUGGAGACCAUCCUUAAAAAGGUUGAGGAUUCCUGGAAGACCACGGAGUUUCCGGUUCUCUCCCACCGGGAGUCUAAAGACCUGUUCAUCCUGGGAGGAACUGAUGACAUUCAGGUGCUGCUGGAUGACAGUACCAUCAACAUGGCCACGGUGGCGUCCUCUCGCUACGUCGGCCCCAUCAAGACCAGAGUAGACGAGUGGCAGAGGCAGCUAAACCUCUUCAGCCAGACACUGGAAGAGUGGCUGACGUGUCAGCGUAACUGGCUCUACCUGGAGAGUAUUUUCAGUGCUCCAGACAUCCAGAGGCAGCUUCCUGCUGAAGCCAAGAUGUUCCUCCAGGUGGACAAGUCCUGGAAGGAGAUUAUGAGGAAGGUCAACAGGCUUCCCAAUGCUCUGAGGGCUGCUACACAGCCAGGUCUGCUGGAGAUCUUCCAGAACAACAACGCCCUGCUAGACCAGAUCCAGAAGUGUCUGGAGGCCUACCUGGAGUCCAAGAGAGUCAUCUUCCCCAGGUUCUACUUCCUGUCCAACGAUGAGCUCCUGGAGAUCUUGGCUCAGACCAGGAACCCCCAGGCCGUUCAGCCCCACCUCAGGAAGUGUUUCGAUGCUAUCGCCCGCCUGGAGUUCGCCCUGCUGCCCCCUCCGCCCCCCGGCGCCAUGACAACGCAGCCUGCAGACGGAGAGCAGGAGAAGGUCUACAGCAACGACAUUCUGGCCAUGGUCUCACCUGAAGGAGAGAAGGUGGGCCUGGCUAAAGGUCUGAAGGCGCGUGGUAACGUUGAGGACUGGCUGGGUAAAGUAGAGGAGGCCAUGUUCUCUUCCCUCCGCCGCCUCAGCAAGGCCUCCAUCGCUGACUACCAGAGUAAAGAACGAGAGGAGUGGGUGGUGGCUGGACACCCCUCACAGGUGGUGUUAACCAUCAGUCAGUUGAUGUGGUGCAGAGACCUGGACGGCUGUCUGGAGGGAGACCACGACCACUUCAUGGCCCUGCAGGACUUUGAAUAUGUCAACAUUGAUAGGCUGAAUGCCCUAGCAGCCCUGGUACGAGGCCAACUCCCCAACCUGCACCGUAACAUCAUCACAGCUCUCAUCACAGUAGACGUGCACGCCAGGGACAUUGUCACAGACCUCGUGGCCCGGAAGGUUGACUCCAGCAGUAACUUUGAGUGGCAGAGGCAGCUGCGUUACUACUGGGACUUGGACCUAGAUAACUGUGUGGCCAGGAUGGCUCUGUCCACAUACAUAUAUGGAUAUGAAUACCUGGGGGCCUGCCCUCGCCUCGUCAUCACCCCUCUCACAGAUCGUUGCUACCUGUGUCUGAUGGGGGCUCUUCAGUUAGACCUUGGUGGGGCUCCAGCAGGACCAGCUGGUACAGGGAAGACAGAGACCACUAAGGACCUGGCCAAGGCUCUGUCCAUCCAGUGUGUUGUCUUCAACUGUUCUGAUGGACUGGACUACAAGAUGAUGGGGAAGUUCUUCAGUGGUCUGGCCCAAUCAGGGGCCUGGUGCUGUUUUGAUGAGUUUAACCGCAUCGACAUCGAGGUGCUGUCUGUCAUCGCCCAGCAACUCAUUACUAUCCGCAAUGCCAAGAUGGCCAAGCUGUCCAGGUUCAUGUUUGAGGGCAGAGAGAUCAAGCUGGUGAUGACAUGUGCUGCCUUCAUCACUAUGAACCCAGGCUACGCUGGACGCACUGAGCUCCCUGACAACCUCAAAGCCCUGUUCAGACCCAUAGCCAUGAUGGUGCCCAACUAUGCCCUGAUCGCUGAGGUGAUCCUCUACUCUGAGGGUUUUGAGUCCAGUAAGACUCUGGCCCGUAAGAUGACCCAGAUGUACAAGCUGUGUUCUGAGCAGCUCUCCCAACAGGACCACUACGACUUCGGCAUGAGGGCCGUCAAGUCUGUCCUCGUCAUGGCAGGCUCUCUGAAGAGAGAGAACCCCCACCUGAGUGAAGACGUGGUUCUGAUCAGGGCUCUGAGAGACUCCAAUCUGCCCAAGUUCCUCACAGACGACGCUGCGCUCUUUGGUGGCAUCAUGUCUGACCUGUUCCCUGGCGUGUCCAUCCCUGAACAUGACUACGGUGUUCUCCAGACCACCAUCCUGGAGUCUCUAGUAAAACGCAACCUGCAGCCCCUACCCAGCAUGACGCACAAGGUGAUCCAGCUGUAUGAGACCAUGAUAGUACGUCAUGGUGUGAUGUUGGUGGGUCCUACAGGUGGAGGGAAGACCACGGUCUACACCAUCCUGUCUGAUACCUUAGAUACCCUGUGGCAGGCUGGCCACGGGAAACACAACCCCUUCUACCUCCCUGUCAAGACAUACGUCCUCAACCCCAAGUCUGUCACCAUGGGAGAGCUCUACGGAGAGGUGAACAUAUUGACCCUGGAGUGGCGUGACGGCCUGAUGGCGCUCAGCGUGCGAGCGGCCUGCAACGACACCAGCGAUGACCACAAGUGGAUCGUGUCGGACGGUCCGGUGGACGCGCUGUGGAUUGAGAACAUGAACACGGUCCUGGACGAUAACAAGAUGCUGUGUCUGGCCAACAGCGAACGCAUCAAACUGACCCCGUCUAUACACAUGGUGUUUGAGGUCCAGGACUUAUCGGUGGCGUCCCCAGCCACAGUGAGUCGCUGUGGGAUGGUCUACAUCGACUCUAAUGAACUCAAAUGGAUGCCCUAUGUCCAGACCUGGAUCACUGGUCUGACUAACAAGCUCCCUGAAGCGGUGUGUGUGUACCUGUUGGCGUUGUUUGAGCAGUACGUGGAGAAGGGUCUUCAGUUUGUGUGGAAGCGUUGUGUCCAGGCCAUGGGCCAGGUUGACAUCAGUAAGGUCACUACCCUCUGCUGCCUGUUGGCGCUGCUGCUGGGAGACGGAAGACCAGAUCUCAAGAUGGAAGCUAAGCACCUGAACAGUGUGUUGUGUCAGACGUUUGUGUUUUGCUACCUGUGGUCUGUGGGGGGUAACCUGACUGACAGCCACUGGGAUGCCUUCGACAGCUUCGUCAGACAACAGUUUGAAGACAAUAAUGACGCCAAGCUGCCCAGCUCGGGGGACCUGUGGAGUGUGUUCAUGGACUUCAACCACAAGCGUCUGGAGCCGUGGGAGAGGAUCAUCCCCUCCUUUAGGUACAACAAGGAACUGCCCUUCUUUGAGAUGUUGGUUCCCACCACCGACACGGUGCGUUAUGGCUACCUGAUGGAGAAACUGCUGUCUGUAGGACACUCUGUCCUCUUCACCGGCAUCACCGGAGUAGGAAAGUCUGUGGUGGCCCGUGGUCUUCUGAACAGUGUCCAGGAGAAGGGAGGCUAUGUUCCCGUCUAUAUCAACUUCUCAGCCCAGACCACCUCGGCCAGAACACAGGAGAUGAUCGAGUCCAAACUGGAGAAGAAGAGGAAGAACAUUCUGGGUGCUCCUGGUAACAGAAAGAUAGUGAUCUUUGUGGAUGAUCUGAACAUGCCUAAGUUGGACACCUACGGCUCCCAGCCUCCAAUAGAACUGCUCAGACAGUUCCAGGACUUCCACGGCUUCUACGACCGAGAGAAGUUCUUCUGGAAGGAGAUCCAGGACAUGACGAUCGCGGCGGCCUGCGCUCCGCCAGGAGGGGGCCGUAACCCGGUGACCCCUCGUUUCAUCCGCCACUUCAGCAUGCUGUGUCUGCCCACUCCCUCCGAACACAGCCUCAAACAGAUCUUCAAUGCCAUCCUCAGUGGUUUCCUCAGUGAGUUCCCCCAGGCGGUGAGGUCUUCAGCAGGCAGCAUCGUAGACGCAGCUGUAGAGAUCUACCACCGCAUGUCUGUAGACCUCCUGCCUACACCAGCCAAGUCCCACUAUGUCUUCAACCUCAGUGACCUCUCCAAGUGUGUCCAGGGUAUGUUGCAGUGUGAGCCAGGCACGGUGAGAGAUCAGACUGGGAUAUUCCGUCUGUUCUGUCAUGAGUGUCAGAGAGUGUUCCACGACCGCCUCAUCAACAACGAAGACAAAACCUACUUCAACACCAUCGUCUCUGAGAUGGCCAGCAAAUAUUUUGGCUUCAAUUUAGAACCCAAUUACUUUGUGACCAAACCCAUCAUAUUUGGAGAUUUCAUCAAGGUGGGUGCAGAGAAGGCAGACCGUCUGUAUGAGGACCUAACAGAGCCAGAUAAGAUCAGGGCUGUGCUCCAGGAUUACCUGGAUGACUACAACAUGACCUUCUCAAAGGAGACCAAGCUAGUGUUCUUCCAGGACGCUGUAGAACACGUCUCCAGGAUAGCGCGUAUGAUCCGCCAGGAGCGCGGUAGCCUAUUGGUGGGCGUGGGGGGCACGGGGAAACAGUCACUGACGCGGCUGGCGGCCCACAUGUGCGGCAUGCGCUGCUUCCAGAUAGAACUGAGCCGAGGAUACAACUACGACAGCUUCCAUGAAGACCUGAGACGACUGUUCAAGAUGGCUGGGGUGGAGGGCAAGGACAUGGUGUUCCUCUUCACUGACACACAGAUCGUGGUGGAGGAGUUCCUAGAGGACAUUAACAACAUGUUGAACAGUGGAGAGGUGCCCAACCUGUUUGAGAAGGAUGAUCUGGAGCAGGUCCUGGCUGCCACACGGCCCAGAGCCAAGGAGGCCGGCAUCAACGAGGGAAACCGAGACGAGGUGUUCCAGUUCUUCAUCUCUCGGGUCAGAGAGAAGCUGCACAUUGUGUUGUGUAUGAGUCCUGUAGGAGAUGCCUUCAGGUCCCGCUGUCGUAUGUUCCCCUCUCUGGUCAACUGCUGCACCAUCGACUGGUUUGUACAGGUCAGGACACUACGCUCUCUGUGG